GUACGGGCUCUGGAUAUUCGUGGGAAUGCGCUUCGCAAGGAUCCUCGGACCGUCCCAGGGCAAGGGAACUGUUGCCAGUGCCUACUGCCAGUCUCUGGCACAACUGCGACAGAUCCGCGGCAAGUCUGAAGUUGACAAAGAGCUCAACAAUCUGUAUGAGGCCGUGUUUGGUGUAGUCGAGGAGCCUGGACAGCUGCGGACCUGCAAGAAAUCCCGCUGCCCCGAGGCGGACAGCAUGCUGUACGAUGCCUCUGACCCGGAUACUGGAACAAUCAGCGUUGGGCCAGAGAAUGUCGUGUAUAAGACUCCUGAUGGGAGGACGGAGACCUGGCGCAUCGUCGACUGGACUUUCGAUCCUUUCGCGCGGGCAAAAUCUCCAGUGCCUUCGAGGGCCACUUCAUUAGCACCAGACUCAGAGGAAGAGCCCCCGGCAACGUCCAUCGCAGAAGAGGAUGACGAAGAAGAGGGCAUGCGGGUCACUGCCCAGGCCCAUGACCCCGAUCCUGAGCGGGAGCUCACAGAUGUGGGCGAACCGUCGGACGAAGAGCCUGAGCCACAGGUGGAGGAGAAGCAAGAGGACAUAAAGCAGAAGGCCAAGCUGAAGGCUCGAGAUGACGAGGAGGAGCAGCCCACAAAGACAAAGAAAGGCAAGAAGCCACAAGAAUUCCAGGAGGAGGAUGAGGAGGAAAUGGCAGAGAAGGAGGAAGAAGAGGAGGAAGAGGAUGAGGAGGAGGCCGCGGCCAAGAAAAAGAAAAAGAAGAAGAAAAAGAAGCACAAGGAAAAGAAGUCUAAGCUGAAGGACAGUCAGUGCGAGGAGGAAGUCAGCGGGGGAGAGUUUGAGGAGGGGGCGGAGGAGGAGUUCAGGGUGAAGAAGGAGAAGAAGACCAAACAUAAGAAGGAUGAGCGCGAAAAGAAGCAGAAGAAGGACAAGAAGUCGAAGAAGAACAAGGCUCGGAAUGCCCUUGUGCAGGAGGAGGAAGAAGAGGAGGCCCCACAGGAGCCCGCGUCGGAUGCACCAGGCGAGGAGCCAUCAGAAGAGGAUCUGCCUCCACAUAGAGCCCAGCUCCGGGGUAUGCGCUUGCGGGCGCGGGAGGACCGUGAAGCCACACUGCGCGUGAUGCGCAAAUCACGGCGUGAGGCCGAGGCAGAGGAGAAUGGAUCACUGGAGCCCCCAGCUAGAAACAAGGCUGGCAAGACGAAGGCAAAACUGAAGGAAGCUGAGAUUGUCAGCAAGGACAAGGAGACGAAAAACAAGAAGCUCAAGGACCGAGCGCCACCUCCGAAGGAGAAGGACCUGAAGAGGCCGGCAAAGCGGAAAGUGAGCAGCGAGGAGCCCCUCCCGGCAAAGGGUCGCAAAGAUGUGGCGAAGAAGAAGCAACGGGUGUGA